UAUGGUGUUGCCCCGCCCCUUUCUGCUCUCAGCUGAUGGGCCGCGCAUCUGGCUCAUUCCUCGCCUUGCUGCGUCGCUGAGCGGUCGCUCCUUCCUUCUCCUUGACCGGCUGCAGGAGGGAAACCGCGCAGGCUGGAGGCCUCUCAGGCGGGCGCCAUGAAGCUGCUGAGCUCCCCUUGGGCUCGCUUCUACUCCAACAGCUGCUGCUUGUGCUGCCAUGUCCGCACCGGCACUAUCAUCCUCGGGAUUUGGUACCUGAUCAUCAAUGCGGUGGUACUACUGAUUAUACUGAGCGCCUUGACAGACCCUGGCCAGUAUCAUUUAACAACAACCGAAUUAGGAGGUGACUUUGAAUUUAUGGAUGAUGCCAACAUGUGCAUUGCCACAGCAAUUUCUCUGCUUAUGAUUCUCAUCUGCGCAAUGGCCACGUAUGGGGCAUACAAGCAACAUGCGGCUUGGAUCAUCCCUUUCUUCUGUUAUCAAAUCUUUGACUUUGCACUCAACACCCUCGUUGCUAUCAGCAUCCUUGUGUACCCCAGCACCAUUCAGGAUUAUCUGCGACAACUGCCAGCUAACUUUCCCUACAAGGAAGAAAUUAUGUCCAUGAACUCCACCUGCUUAGUUGUGAUUAUUCUUCUUUUUAUAAGUAUCACAUUGGCUUUCAAGGCUUAUCUGAUCAGCUGUGUAUGGAACUGUUACCGAUACAUUAACAACAGAAACAACUCUGAUGUCCUGGUCUACAUUACUACUAAUGACACAGCGGUCCUGUUGCCACCAUAUGAUGAUCCAGCAAAUGGUGCCACUAAGGAUCCCCCACCACCGUAUGUUUCUGCAUAAACAGCAGCAUGUGUGAAAGUCUACCUAUAGCUUUACUCUCCAGAACAUCUGAGCAAUAGAUUGUUUCUUUUUCAAGAGAUGGAUGUAUACUCUCCCAAAUUUAUUUAUUCCCAUUUUGCUGUAGGCAGUGAAAUAAAAUGUUGUUUGCCUAAAGCAGUGUUGAACUGGCUUCUGGGAACCAUUUUGAUUUACCUCCAGAGCCAUAUUAUAGGGUUGUAUUUUCAUGUCUUCUCCUGCAAGUCUAGAAAAGCUGUGCUUUCUAUGCCCAACAACUACAGAUUGGGGAAUAUUUGGUUUUUGCUUUGUUCAGAACUUUUGAGCAAUAGGAAUCAGUUUCUAAAACAACCUUCAUAUUACAGAUUGUGAGCCUAGAUUGUAUUCAGUCUGUUACAAAUGGAUCUUUUUGCUCAAUAGCUGACUAAGGUCCAGCAUAAUCUCCCUUUAAGAGUAAAGAAGCGUUUUCCCAUUCCUUCUCUCUCCUGAAGGCUCUCUUCCACAGAUUUCCCACAACAGCUUUCCGUGGAACUGUAGAGAGAAGGAUGAGAAAAUAUCCUCCUUUUUCCUCCAGUGAGAGAAUCCAAGAAUAGAAGCUUGGUGCUCUCAGCAAAUCUUGACUCAACCUUCAGUUCCUAGUCCCACAUUUUGAAAGAUAAAACCAAUGGAGCAAUCUGUGCUGACAGACCAUUGGUGAUAAAAAAAAUUCAAACAGUAUUUUUGAACUAUCUAUUCUUAAUGAAUAAUUCUAAGCAAAGUUCUCAGGUAAGAUAAUGACAGCUUCAGUCUUCAAAACUCAGGCUAAAUAUGGUCAGGUUUGAAGAAAUGAAUGUUCAUUAUUGCUGCAGUGGAAUUGUGUUAAAAAUAUUUUAAACAUUUAAAAAUCUCUUUCCUUGAAAAACAAUAGGCUUAGUAAGUAAAAUAAAAAGACAAAUUCACGACUUGCACUAAGCUUUCAACAGAAAAAUGAUUUAUCUGUGUGUCUAGUCCAGGCAUGGGCAAACUUCAGCCCUCCAGGUGUUUUGGACUUCAACUCCCACAAUUCCU